UUGAAGUAUGUAAAAAAGAGUAAAAUCACUGUUCAGUGAUUCAGUCAUAUCUUAAAAACAGAACAUAAUACUCGUUAUGAUACUAUUGAAGAUGCUGAUCACCUUUAUUUUUAUAAAUUUGUCAAAGUGUACGAUACAAGGCAUAAAUUACAUGGACCCACUGAAUAUAAGAUCAACACAAGACACGUGGCAUCGAGGAAAAGAUCCUUGCAAUACUUUAUAUUGGUAUCCUAAACAAAUUCCAAACUAUUGUUACAUUACGACUCCUAAACCCGAAAUAGGCGCACCUCGUGUACCUAUACCUUUACCCAUACCUGUUCCAUUACCACUUGCGCCUAUGUUUCCAGCACCUCCAGCUUUACCCUUACCUUAUGGUAUCCCAGUUGCUCCAUCUAAUCCAAUGUUACCUAUUGCUGGUGUACCUUACUCUGCCCCAAUAGUUCCUUUUCAAUAUCAACCUUAUUAUAGAAGAAACCAGCUUGGCAUGGUUCCAGGUCUACCAGGUUUAGUAACUCGAGAUAGAGGAAUAAAUAUUAUGCCAUUUUCAGACGUAUAUUCUGAUUUAAUGGAAAAACAGAAGAAAAAAAUGCUAACAGAGAAACUUUGGCAAAUUUUCAAAGCUUAUGAUGAUUAUCCGUGGCACAGACGUAUAAGAUCAAAGAAGUAUAGAAAAAGGUUGUAA